CGAGUCGCAUCCUCCAUCGCGGCCGGCCACACGGAAACGCACGCGACCGAAAACACAAGCAGAAAGAAAGGAGAAAAGAGAAGAGGAAACACGGGGGCUUGUGCCAGUCGCGAAGCGAUGAUGUGAAGCGGCUGCGGCGACGCGAAAGAAAGAAAAGAAAAAGAAAUCCGCAAGUUUUCACUGAGAAAAAGAGAUAUCGCACACGCUCGCUCGUUUUCGUUCAACGCCGAGUUCACAUUUUAUUUUUUGUUGCAAAAAGAUCUCGCGCGACGCAAAGAGCGAGAAAUUGGAGCGUGUGUGCGCUUUAAUAUGCGUUUGUGAGACACACACUCUCUCGAGGGAAGUUAAAAAAAGGGCGAAGCGAACAGAGACCCGCCGGCUGAAAGAGGCUACAUCAGGAGAAGGACGAGACGGCGAAGGAGACGGCGAAGAUGAGAUACAAGGUAAAUGAUCCGGAGGAUAAUGAGAGAGACGCAGGAGAGAAUGCAAAAGGAACCUCAGAUGCCUCGUGGAAUUACAAUCAGAGAGACGAGAUGAAAUCGAGCGGCAAGGAGAUGAAGCUCGUUAUUGUCGUCGGACUGUUAGCGGUGACUGUCAUCGCUCUCAUCGUAGCACUGACCUUGCAAAUGGCGAACUUUCGUGGGGAAGAAUACAAGGAAAUGUGUCAGAGCGAGGAAUGCAUCAAAACAGCGGCGCGAGUGAUAGGCGCAAUGAAUAGAUCUGUGAAUCCUUGCGAGGACUUCUACAACUUCGCAUGCGGUGGUUGGAUUAGCAAGCAUCCGAUUCCGCAGAGUCAGAGUUUCUGGGAUCAGCUAAGCUUGCUGAGAGAGGAGCUUCUGCAGGAUCUGAGACUCUUGCUGGAGGAACCGGAUGUUGAAACCGAUCUCGAACCAGUAAAGAUGGCGAGAACUCUCUAUAAGACCUGCAUGGACGUCGCGAGCGUCGAGGCCCUCGGACUGGAGCCUAUCUUCGAGGUGCUUGAGAAACUGGGUUUGCCGAAGGAACCUCCGAUGCAGAGCAAAACGCCCUCCAUUGACAUAUCAAGGCUGGCGGGAAAAGCGCAGAGAAUGCUGGGGUUGAAUCUUCUCAUCAAUUUUUACAUCAGCGAGGACGUUAAGGACACUACGAGAAAUCGAAUGAUGAUGGAGCAAGUGUCUCCCGGAUUUAGCGAACGUUACUUACUGGACCCAAGGCGGUUUCACUCAGAACUCACGGAAUACAAAAAGUACAUAAAGUCCAUGGUCGAAUUAGCGGGAGCUGGUAAUAUGAGCGCAAAUUACGCUAACGAGAUUUUGGACUUCACAACCAAAAUUGCCAAAAUCAUGGCGACGCCCGAGGAACGACGCAGCUCGGAUCAUCUCCUUCACGAUGUGACGAUUGACGACCUGCAACUGUUCACUGAUCUGCACGCGCAGCAGUGGAACUGGACAAAAUAUCUAGAAGCUGUGUUCGAGAAUACAAAUAUCACGAUAAAUCCGAAAGUAGAUCGAGUUAUCGUGAUAGACCUGCAGUAUUUGCAGAAAUUACCGUUACUGCUUUCCGUCACACCACCCGCCACAAUAGUUCGAUACGUUUGGUGGAGCGCGUACUCGACCGUUGCCCCACUGACACUGCAAAAGUUCCGCGAUCUCGGUUUCCAGUUCUCGCAAAAAGUAUUCGGAUUGAAAGAGAAAACUCCCCGCUGGAAGGGAUGCACCGGAAACGCCAACGCGAACUUCGGCAUGGCGCUCAGUUACAUUUAUGCGCAAAGACACUUCAACGAGCAGGCGCGAGAAAAGGCAUUGGAGAUGUUAUUGGAUAUUAGAGCGGCAUUCGACGAGAUGGUUACCGAGUUGGAUUGGAUGGACGUCGACACGAGAAUUCGAGCCCAUAGAAAACUGCACGCGAUGAGACCGUUCGUAGGAUUUCCCGACUGGAUCACGAAUCGGACCGAGUUGAACAAGUUUUACGAAGGAGUAGAGGUGAUUGACGGAAAAUUAUUCGCGACUUUCCUGAAACUGACUGACGUGGCGAUGAAGAAGAGUCUGAACAAUCUGCGCGAGAAACCCGACAGGAGCAGAUGGAUAUCGACGGGCACAACAGUAAACGCGUUUUACAGCGCUAUAUUGAAUUCAGUCACUUUUCCGGCUGGCAUUCUACAUCCGCCUUUUUACGGCAAUGGAUUGGAGUCUAUCAAUUACGGCGCUAUGGGAGCUAUUAUGGGUCACGAGCUUACGCACGGUUUCGAUGACCAAGGUCGAAGGUACGACGAGAACGGCAAUCUGCGACAAUGGUGGAGCGACGAGACGUUACAACACUAUCAUGAGAAAGUGCAGUGUAUGAUCGAGCAGUACAGCAGUUAUCAUUUACCGCAGUUGGGUGAUAAUUUCACGGUGAACGGCAUCAAUACUCAGGGUGAAAAUAUCGCCGACAACGGCGGCAUCAGAGAAGCUUACCGGGCGUAUCAGAGGCUGAUCGCGCGCAAUCCGUAUCAACAAGCUCUGCCCGGUCUCGUCGACUACAGUAACGAGCAGUUAUUCUAUCUAGGUUUCGCUCAGGUUUGGUGUGGCAAUUACACGAACGGAGCGCUCAAGUCCAAGAUAAUAGAGGGUGUUCAUGCGCCAAAUCACUUUCGAGUGAUCGGCACGUUGUCGAAUAACGCGGAAUUUGCGAAGGCUUGGAAGUGCCCGCUCGGCAGUCCGAUGAACCCACCGCACAAAUGCAUUUUGUGGUAGAUUUUUUUACGCGUUAUU